AUGUUUUCUCCCGGCGAUAUCAUAUGGGUUCCUUCGGCUUCUGAGGGGUAUUCAACAGCGGUCUGCACUUCCCUCAACGUCGCCCAAGACACACUGACGGCAAACUUGCAUCCGGCGGCGGCCCAGCACUCUGCUUUGGCUCGCGAAACUCUUUUGCGUCUGUCCCCUGGUUUCUACAACUCCUCGUGCACCACGGCUUCUCCGGAGGUUAGGAGUGCGCAUGCGCCGCCGGAAGCCAGACUUUCCACGUCAGACGGUCCUGCGAGUCCAUCCGUCUCCGACUCUCCACGCAACGCAGACGCAGAGGACAAUCCCUACACUUUGGAAGUAUCUGCUGAGGGGUUUGCGCCGCCUUCUGUUGGACACGCACUAACAAAGACUGAAGACAGCGAGUCGACGGUCUCCGGUCCUUCUCCCGCGCGACUGGGACCAACGGUCACCGUACCCCUGUCUGACUGUUGGCCGUACCAACCUUCACCGUUGCCUCCGGCUCAGGCGCCUGAGGAUGCAUCUGCGCUGGACAAUCUGUCUUCACCGUCGAUUCUCGAACUCCUCGAGCACCGCUUUCUGCGGAAGCAAAUUUACACGAAUGCCGCUCACGUGCUGCUCGCGCUGAACCCGUACACUCCGCUCCCGGAGCUUUACAACCAAGACGUGAUUGAGGUGUACAGCCACUGGAAGAGCAACAGCGCGGCAACUGCGGCAGCUUCUCUCCAGCCGUCCACAGCUGCUCUCUUGGGUUUGGUGGACGGCAAGAAGGGACAGACGAACGCUGUAUCUUCCUUCCACGGGUCUCCCUUUCCUCCGCCUCACCCGUUUGCGGUGGCGGAAGAUGCGCACCGGCGGCUGCGGGGCGAGCUGCGGAAUCAAACGAUCAUUGUGAGUGGCGAGAGUGGCGCCGGGAAGACCGAGACAAGUAAAAUCAUCAUGCUCUACUUGACACAAGUCGGCAUUUUGCCGCAGUCGAACUCGGGAAGCGGCGCAGCUGGAACCCCGUCGGCUUUUGCGUUGCCGGCGCUACCCCAGUCUCGACAGCAGAGAGAGCGGGCAGUGGCUGCCCUCCUGGGGGAAGGUGGGAAGAGCCAGACGCAGAGUCAAAUGACCAAUUUGCAGCAGAAAAUCUUGAGCUGCAACCCGGUUCUCGAGGCCUUCUGCAACGCCACCACAAGAAGAAACGUCAACAGCAGUCGCGUCGGCAGACUCACGCUCCUUCACUUCGACACCGUCGGCCUCCUCAGAGGGGCCAGCAUCAAGUCCUACCUCCUUGAAAGCGCACGCGUCUCCGCGCAUGCUUUCGGGGAAAGAAACUACCACGUCUUUUACCAGGUUUUGAGAGGUUGCAGUCCAGAGGACUUAGCUCGGCGUCGGCUGACACGGAACUGCGGGGUCUACGGACUCCUUCGGCCCACGGAAUCUCGUCAGCAGCGGAGCGUGAAGGGAACGCUUCGUCUGGGGAUCCAACACACUUCGAGGCGGCAGGCGCAUGCAGAGGACUCCGAGUGUGCGCCCGAGAGAGACGGCGAGAGUGACUCACUGCGUCCGUCGAAGGAGGAAGUUGCGCGAGACGAGGCGAACUUCGUUGCGCUGAUUCACGCGUUGCAUACGACGCGUUUCUCUGAGCGUCAAAUCAACGAAAUUCUCGACAUUCUCGCCGGGCUUCUCCACCUCUCCAACGUCUCGUACCGGGAGGGUCCGCCUCUGAAGGCUGGAGACACUCACUCCCUGGCGCUGACGCCAGACAGUGAAGGCGACGACGGCCUCGAAAGUGGCGGGGAGAAGCGCGAAGACGCUGGGGAGGCGCAUUCGCAGUCAGAGGGUUUGCAUGCAGACGCGCGCGACAGCCGGGCGGGACGCGCGCUAAGAGCCGCGGCCGAGCUUUUUCAGAUCGAGGAAAACAAGAUCGAAGAAGUUCUGCGGUGGGAGGUUCUCCGUACGCGGCACGACGUCGUGCGAAAGGAACGAAGAGAGAAACAGGCGACUGCAGCCAGAGACGCGCUUGUGAAAUUCAUCUACAAAAAACUCGUCGCCUUCAUUCUCGAGGAACUGAACCGCAACGUCCGCAAGUGCGCCAAGGAAGAGACAGAUGCCGGCAGGCGUCGCGAAGGCAGUGACUCAGAAGACAGCAGCGACGAAGAAGACAGUCCGAGUAUCCCCGAAGCCUUCAUUGGAAUUUUGGAUAUCUACGGCUUCGAGUGCGUGGACGGUUCGAAUGGCUUCGACCAGUUGUGCAUCAACUACGCGAACGAGCGCCAGCAGGAAUUGUUUAUUCAGAAGGUGCUGUACGAGGAGUUGCGACUGUACGCGCGCGAAGGCAUCAUCUGCUGCAGUGACGUCGCUGUCUCCGCGCCCUCCGCCAGUCCCCUGCUCGCUGUCCCUGCCCCAAGCACUCCCCGGGGGGUCUCGACAGUCUCCCAGGGCUGCGCUGCUGCUCGUUCGCCGCGAAGAGUGACACACCCAGUGACCGGAGCCUCGAAACGCGAAGGCAUUUCGUCCAACUCGCGGUUGAUGUCUGCCUUCGUCGCGUCGCCUUCCCCGGAGCUGGGGGCAUCUCCUUUGGGCUCUACGGGCUCCGAGGGCCUUGCGGGCGCGCGAGGCUUCGACAACACUCUGCAGCUUCUCCACCUCACGGCUUCGAUGCUUCCCGACCGCUCUCUCCUUCUCGCCUAUCUCCACGAGGGGAUGUUCCGGCGCCUCGACGACAACAGUCGCCUGAAGGCGCAGGGCCAGCAGAGAACCGACGCGCACUUCUGGAGGGACUUCUUCCUUUUUUGCCGACAGCAGCAGCUCUCUCAUAUCUCUGGGAAAGCCGGAGAGAAGAGCGCAGCGGCUGCGGCCCCAAUCUUGUUCAAACUCAAGGGUGGGGCCGGCGCGGCGGCCGCCUUCGCGGCGGCGACGGCUGGAGGCGCCGAGAGAGGCAGAGAUCACUCGGGAGUCGGUGCCGAGUUCUUGAGAAGGAAGCAAGAGUACGAAGAAGCCGAGGAAGGCCUUGUCAGUGCAGGGAAGGUCCUGCCUCACCUUGCAGAUGGAUCUGCGGCCGCGAACAAACUUGAAGAAGGCAUUUUCGUCGUGCGACACUUUGCUGGUCUUGUCCAAUACCGAGUCGACGGGUGGCUAGAUCGAAACAACGACAAGGCAGAGACUUCAAUCGAGACCCUCAUCUCCUGCUCGAGCAUGCGGACUCUGAGGCGCCUGUCUCUCUCCGACGCAAACGGAGCGUCCAUCCCUGGGGCUCUCGGCGACCCGCCUGUCUCUCCCGCGGUCUUGUCGCCGCUUCACGGCCCGGCGGGGGCUGUCUCGGGGCGCGAGUCCUCCGGAGUCCAUGCGCUGGUCGGCGGGAACAAAGGUCACUUUUCUUCUCUCAGUCGCAUGUUCAUCAACGAUUUGCGGCAGCUCAUGACGCAGCUGCAAAGCAGCUCGAUGCAUCUCCACUUCAUUCGCUGCUUCGUCCCGAAUGCCAAGAUGCUUCCGCUCACCUUCGAUCGUCUUCUGCUCCUUCGACAGCUGCAACAAUCCGGAUCCAUGGCACUCGUCCAGAUUCUCCACCGGGGCUUUCCUCACCGCUUGCCACUGAAGGCGACAGCGGCCGCAUUCAAGGAGCAGCUCGCGCGUUGCGUAGAGAAAGUGAAAAGUCAAACGACAGACCCUGAGACGCAGCGGCGCCUAGCCGCCCUGGACGUCCAGCACAUUCCUGACGGAAGACUGCUGGCGGCGACGCUGUCUCAGCUGCCAGCGUGUUCUGCGGGUUCGCACUGUUGCGGUACGUCCUUGGUGUGUUUCAAGGCCCAUGCGUACCCGGCAGCAUCUGCGUUGCUGCGCAAUCCUGGGUCUCUUUUCUCCUCGCCUCCGCCUCUGCUGCAGCUCUUGUCAGAGGUGAAUCGGCGACGGUGGCGCGUGGCGGGUCUGGUGAUAUCGGGGCGAAUUCACCGCGUUCUGUUGUGGCUCCAGCGGCGCGUGCAGCUGCUCCGUCGCCUGAAGGAAGAGGCGGCACAGUUGGCUGUUCGCGUCAUUCUCUUGCGGCGCGUGAUCCUCGCACCUCUGCGCCAGAAGGUUCGGAGACGCGCGCGGCUCCGGCAAGGCUUCAAGGCGCUUCAGCAGCUCGUCCUGCGUGUAGGCCUCUCGCGGUGGAGACAGAAUUGCCGGCGGUGGGCGCAGGCCGAGGCGUCACUCGCGUCUCUCGCCGCGCGGAAGGACCUGGAGGGUCGCGCACGGCGCGAAGCCCCCGCCGCCGAGGCCAAGUCGAAGCUCAAAGGGGCAAACUGUAAACCUUUGGUGUCGGGCGAAGCGCUGGCGUUGAACGACGGCCGGAGUGCUGAGGGACGCGGACCCGCUCGGGAAGCUGCCGAACUUCUGCGGCUCUCGAAGGAGACCUGGAAGUACGCCUGGAAAGCGGAGUUGUUCAACCUCGCGGGACCGAGGAGUUUGAAGAGAAUGGGCGAAACUGCGCUCAUAUCCGAACGUUUGGUCCUCUUCAGUGGAGUCGGCUUGUUCUUGCUCGAGUUGACGCUCGUCGACAGGGGGCAGAGAGCAGGGUUCGAGCAGAAACCGGCGACGCACGGGGCAGAAGACGAGCCGGUCGCAGCGGAACUCGUGGAGACGCGGUGCUCGCGAAUCGCUACAGGCCCUGGGGGAGCGCCGUGGGUCUCUUUGCCCCCGGGUGUGGCGCAAGUCACCUCGCCGCUGCAGCCAGCUCUGUCGUGCGUAGGGCAGCAUACGCGGUACCCGGAGUUGUUCGUCGUCUCUGACUCUCGAGCACGGAUCUUUCUGCUUCCGCUGUCUUGCCUCGCCAAACCUGCUAGUUCAGACGCAGGCCUGCGAGGUGCAGAACUCGGUUUUCGGUGCGCCGGUCCCGAUGCCGCCCUUCCGUCUCUCUCGCCUUCGUCGCCUCUCGCAGGCCUCUUUGAAGGCGACCGACGCGAGACACAAAACCUUGCGCGGGGUGAGCAUGGCGAUGCGGAGUCCUCGCUGAUGUUGCUGAUGCGUCCCACAGACUCUGUGCCUCCCUCUCUCGGCCUCACGCUUCUUUCGCCUGCCUCGCCCUCUGGGGGGGCUGCGCGCGAGCGGGCAAGGGAGCCCUCGCGUCUGUCGGAUUCGUCGCUGCCUCGCCCAUCGCGUCUCGCUGGGCGAGAAGAGACGCGUAGAAAGCUGGAACCUCUUGGAGGCGGAAGAGGGUGCGGCGUCGAGCUUCCUUCAGCCUCAGGUUCGUCGCGGCUUCGCGACGGGUCUUCGAGCUCCGAAGAGUCGAGCGCUCCCUCCCUAGGUCGAUCCUCUUCCUACGGGUCGCACUCGGUCGCCUCUUCUUUCUCCUCGGCGCCAGAUCCCUCGCGAGGCCAGCCUUCGACGUCACUCCCCACCCUCACUCCCUCCGCGGCGUCGCCGUUCUCUCUCGGCGAGGGCGUGCGCCUGGGUGUGAAUGGAGUGGGGGGGCUCGAGAGCCCGACAGCGAGCGCAGGCCUAUCGCUGAGUCACGGAGCGAUCAGUCCGGCUUCCUGUGCCUCCUUCGUGAAUCCGUACCUCGCUAGGUUUCGCCGCCCCGCGCCUUUCCCGCCUUCCUUUUUCUCUCAGGCGGCGCUGACCGAGAGCGUGUGGACAGACGAUGCGACGAACCACGUACCUCGCGUCUUCUGGUCGGCCUCAUCAGCGGCGCCUCUUCUCCUCCCUGGAGGCGCGUGCCACCCGAACGCAACGGCGCCAGGCCGUUGGGUGCCUGCGGACCUUCUUCACUUGGCUGAGAGAGAGCAAGAGAAACUGGAGCGACAGCUGCGAGGUAAGAAAUCCCGACCGAGCCAGUCGAGAGACUCCGACGUCGAGGUGUCUGUACGGCCUCUGCGAGUCCACUUUGCGUCUCCGAGCUCCACACACUACGUCCUCAUUCUCUGUCACAUCUCCGUCGUCGGCGACAAGUCCGAGGUCCACGUCGGCGGCAUUCUCGCCCUAGUCCUGCUGAAUCUCCUCACGCGCCUCCCAGAGGCGUGGGUCGAAAUCGUUCCCGCUGAAAACGACGUUGGGAUCUUGGCCCAGAAACACGAAGACACCCUCCCGGACCUCCUGUACACUCCAUCGGCGACUGCCGCCUGUCAGACUGGGCAGACCGCCGCGGAAGACGAUUCCAAGAGACCCGACACAGAAAAGCGGAAAACCGAGGCGGACACGGAGAGUCACACAGGACUGGAGAGAGGCAAGCAGAAGCCGCAGACUUCAGCGCCCUUCAGCUGCUCCUACCCCCGCAUUAUUAGCACGACAACUUUUGAGCCAUUCGAAGGAGGCAGGAAAUGGAUCGUCGCUGGCCCGGGAGUCCUCGCAGUCGUUCAAGUCCUCCUGCCGCACCACUUGGUUGGGGAGGAAGUACGUGACGGAAGAGGCUCCGAAGGGGGCGCACAAGAGCGAACGAGAAUGACGAGGGAACGAGAAAUGCGCAAGAAAAGCGGUGGCUUUUUGGCAGGAACCGAACCCGUCAAAGCCGUGAUGGAAGUGCUUUGGAACGCGAAGGAGAUACAGGCCGUCGCGAACUUGUAUCCGCCUCUCUCUAUUGCCGACACGUGGAUCACCGGGUGUAUGUACACGGCGUCACCGCUGUCGUCACUGCAAGCCAUCGGACCGAGUCAUCCGUUCUUUUACUUUGCCUCGGCCUUCUCCCCGUCUGAAAGUCGCUUUUUGUCUUCGCUUCAAGAUGAUAUCCAGCAUCUCCUGCUUCUAUCCACCGCAAAGGGAGAGCUGCUUCUUCUUCGCUGGCUUGAGAAGAGGCAGGCACUGCAGUUACUGCAACGGAAACCUGUCGUACACUGUUCGUCGGAGUUUGGCGGUCAGAAACGGUUUCUUCGCCUGAGCUACAACCUAGGAGCGGACCAGCCAGCGUUCCCGGAGAAAGAGCGGGUCUUUUCUCUGCAGAAUGAUAGCGACGACAGAUGGUGGAGUCAGCGAACUGCCGGAAGGACCGUUUUAAGAGUCAGUGCUCCUCACCCUCACUUGAAGAAACAACAGAGGGACGCGGGCCGUGGCAAAUGCGACGACAUGACAGAGACUGACAGAGGAGCCCCUCUUUCCCCUGCCGGAAGAGGGACGAAAAAAUUGCCCGUCAGUACCCGCUGGUGCGAGGACGUGGCCGCAAUCGGCAUGCGCUCCGGGACGAUCUUGAGGAAGGCGCCUCUGGUUCACCUCCCCGGAGUUUCCCGCGAUACAUGCAGAGACGGGGAGAGAAAACGAUCUGGGCAUGGCGGUUCCGACCACAGAAUGGAAAGAGGAGACAGAAUGUGUGAGAAUGGGGACAGGAGCGAUGCUGAACAUCGGAGGACUGGAAGCAGGCGACAGAUAGCGAAACACCGGAAAAAUCAAGGGGAGUCGAGCUUUAGCGGGGAUGACACCGAUGCGGCCUCGCAAACGGACUACGGCUCCAGUGCGACAGAAAGCGACGAGGAAGAAAGUGAUGGCAUGCCAGAGACGCCACCAAACGGGCGCCCCCUCCGACUCCUUGCGUUCUCGCCGCUGGCUGGUGUGCAGGACACACUGGCUCUCAUCAGAAUUACGGACGCGGCGCAACCACAGCUGUCCUUGUUGGACGUGCGAAAGAGGCAUCCCGAAGCAUGGUCGCAGCUGGAAAUGUAG